AUACCCACAUUAGUGGUCACUAGUCUCCCGCGGUAUAGCCACACCUUCAGUCUUCUUUCCCUGCGAAGUUCAUCUCUCACACAGCAGUGAUUUAUGAUCGCCGUAUAAGUAUGCGUGCGCCCGAGUAAAGGGCUGAAGCCUUAUUAGACCGAUGAGAUGGCCUCUGCUCUGUCGGGCAGUGAGAAAAAAGACAACUUCCAAAAACUCAGUCGCCUGCUGAUAGAUGGCGGAACUAAAUCCCUGCGUAACUACUUCAGCUCAUUCCACCCUCCUGCCACCCUUACAGCCAGUUUGAAUGCUCACAAGAGCACUCUGACAGGGCUUAAGAGGAAAGUCCUUAAACCUAACCAGUGGGAUAUCCUGUUCCCUAAAAGCGGCCCCCCAACCACUGCAGAGGACUAUGAUAUAACACUGUUGACGUGUUUACUGCGGAACAUCUGUGGUCUUGCUCCACCAGCUAGUACAACCAGCUGGGAUAAGCUGCCUCCUGCUACCGACCAGACCAAGGUGGCCCAGGUAGUCAGACUGAGGCACUACAGAAACGAUCUGUAUGCUCACAUUAAAACAACAGAAGUGGAGACAGCAGAUUUCAAUCGGUACUGGGCUGAUAUCUCAGCAGCUCUUCUCUCUUUGGGGGGUAUCAGUCAGGUGGAGGUGGAUGACCUGUAUGUUGCCCCUCUAGGAGAGAUGGAUUAUGGGAAGCUUUUGGAGGAGUGGUGGAAGCAAGACAUAGACCUUGCCGAAAAGAUAGAAGGUGCAAAAGAGGAGAUAAUAUCUACCUCAGAAAAGAAUACAGAAAAGAUUGUGUCUGAACUGUCGGCUGAAGUCACACGUAAAAGUGAUUCAAAUACAGAAAAGAUCUUGUCUGCAAUAGCCUCUCAAUCACCAAGUCGGAAGAUAGAGAGCAAAGAUGCGGCCACUAUAACUGAGGAAGACAAGGCUUCAUCUAUGAGACCCAGCUCAGCAUCAGAGGAUAUGGAGCUUCCAAAGAAAAAAGUUAUCGCACACUUCAUUAAGUGUCUGUGUGAAAAGUACACGACUGGUGAAAUGGCGCUGGUAGAGCCCCUAGAAAACCUUGAAGAGCACGACUUCUCCCUUGACAGCAUGUUCACGGAGCCAAAGAUCGUUAGAAAAGACACUGAUCUUGAAGUGAAGAUGAAUAAUAUGUUUGUUGUUGAUGGGAAAGUGAAGGAAGCGUGCAAGGUGCUUUUGGAGGGUGACUCGGGUGCCGGCAAGACUACCUUGACCAAGAAAUUGGCCUCAGACUGGGCUAAAGGAGUCUUGUCUGGAUCUAGUACCUUUCCAGAAGUGGAGUUACUCCUCGUCUUGAAGUGCAGUGAAAUGAAGGAAGGAAAUCAAGGUGGUGGGAUAUUCCAAGCCAUCCAAGAACAGCUGUUACCUGAGGAGAUCACAGAUAAAGAGAGACUGGUGAUUUUUCAAUACAUCAAGCACAAUCAGGGAAAGGUAAUGGUUAUUUUGGAUGGUUUAGAUGAAAUUCCCUUACAGGCAAAUAGCGUCAAAGAAAGCUUAAAUAAGGUAAUCAGCAGAAAUGCGUUAGCCCUUAGCUAUAUUCUUGUUACAAGCAGACCAGACAAGACCCUGUACAGGCACUUCGUGGGGGGUAACAUUCUGCAGAUUAAGGGGUUGUGUAAUGUAGAUGACUAUAUUAGUAAUUUCUUCCCAUCCGAUUUAGAGAGUCAACAUUUUUCCAACUCGAUUAGAAAUUUAAGCUUGUCUAAUCCCCUCACAGUAGCGCUGUAUUGUCUUUGCUAUCAAGAAUGCGUUAAAGCCCACACGAGAGAAGACUUCAGCCACAAUAUUACUAUGAGGGAACUGUACGACAAGGUAGCAUACUCACAUAUAAGGAGGUAUUUCGAGAAGGAAAACAGAAAAUUAGACGAACACGAUAUUCAAACGCUAACCUUAGAAAUCGGUAAAGUUGCUUUUGAAAAUCUAAGAAAAAAUGCUGUCACUUUUUCUCUGACAAAAGUAUCAGAAGACCUGAAAAGAGUAGGGUUUUUAAAAAGGCAAAAACCUCAAUGCGGGAUAAGACCAGUUGAAAUGUUUUCCUUUUUUCACAAGUCUUUCCAGGACUAUUUCUGUGCCGUAUAUUUAGCUAGAAGACUGCGGCAGGGAGUUGUUGAACCUGAAGUAAUUGGUGAUACGCGUUUAUUUGAAUGCGUUAAUCGUUAUGACCUCGCUGCGAUGGUGGGUAGCGAUGCAGUGAAUGUUGUUGAAUCUCUUGCUCGGAAAGUACUUGAGUGUCCACCACAAGGUAUUCCUCUAUGUGAUGUUGAUAAUCACUCUAUCGCUCUCAAAUUGCUGUGUCAGUGUCUAGUGGAAUGCAAAAAGUUAGAAAGCGAAUUUGUCAAUUUGUUAAAAAACGUGUACCACCUUUUACCGUGUAGAGUUUAUGUCACGGCUUCUCGUCCCUCCACACUGUUAGGACUGUCGUAUUUGUUAUCUCAAGAUUUGACUUAUUUUGAGAGCCUGCAAACAGUUGGUUAUGUCAGCGGUUUGCGUCCUCUUAGUGAUCUUUUUCUGCAUAUAGCUGAUAGUGUAGAUACUGGUAUAGCAACUGAGACUGGUCAGUUAACAGAAGUGUUAGCCGCUUUUUCAUCGGUUCAAAAGCUCUACAUCUUGUUCGAGGCGUUCCCAUUUCAUGAUGGAAAUUUUGAAGAAGCCAUGGCUAAUGUGCUAUCACGUAACAAAUCUUUGCGGUAUCUCUGUCUGUGUGUUGGCGUUCUCGAUCGGCCCGAGUACGAGAUGGGGACGAGUUUAUUCAAAUCUCUGAAGAACAACUCAACACUGUCAACAAUUGACAUUAGUGUUAAUAGCUUAGGUGAUGCAUGUGCAAGCGAGCUCGCCAAGGUCUUAGUGGAUAACACUAGUCUCAAUGUUGUUUAUAUUGGUGGUGAGUAUUUAGGGGAUGCUGGUGUUGCAAGUAUUGCUGAAGCAUUGAAGGUGAAUACAACAGUGCGAACUCUCGGGAUUAUAGGUGGAAACAUGACGCCUGAAGCAGGACGAGCAUUGGGUGAAAUGUUGAGACACAACACUACUAUCACUUGCCUUUCACUAUUUGGUGGUAAUAUUGGUGAUUCCGGUGCACAGGGUAUCGCUUCUGGUCUUUCGCAAAACACAACACUCGAAAAGAUUCAAAUAGAAGAUUCUUGUAUAGGUGCCACCGGCGUUUCGGCUUUAGCAAAAGUCAUUCAAAAUGCUACGCAUUUAGAUUUGUCAAGGAACAUUAUAGGUACAAAAGGAGCAAAAGCUAUUGCUAAAGUUAUAGAAAACGGUUGCAAACUCAAAUAUCUACGUAUUGAUUAUUGUAAUAUAGAUGUGCUUGAUGUCAGAGAUCUUGCUAAAGCUUUGUCAAAAAACACAAAUCUAGAGGAACUGUCCGUAGCUUGUGCUGGUAUAGAUGACGAAGGAAUGUGUGAGCUCGCCCGGUCUGUGGCUAAAAAUAAAUCCCUGCAGGUUCUUACCAUCACCCACAAUAACAUCAGCGAGAAAGGUAAGCGGGCUAUAAUUGAGGCAUGUGCGAAGAGUCAGUCGCUAAACCACCUGUUCCACGAGAACGACCCGAUUCUCAACACAUGCCUCAAGCCUCACUCGGUGUGUCUCAAAAGCCGUGAAGUCUUCUCUCGAUUCACGUUUUAUAGUUCCUUUAGUUCCUUGCAGGGUUUUACCUCACCAUACCUAGAGUACAAACAAUACGAGCAGGGUGUAGACAGUCAAGUUGAGGAUUUCGUUAUAGCUUCAGAUAUAUAUUAUCUAUACGGUAUUUAGUUAUUGUAUUUAGGUUAUUGUCUUGCUUGAUCGCGUGUAUUUUACGUUGAGGCAACCACAUCAGUGUUUUGUACUCUAUAUAAGUCUGUGGCAGUAGCAGUUACUAAGAGAAAAUAACUUCAUAGAUUAUAACUCUAGGAUGAUUUUAGUUGGGCUAAAUGAAAAUGGUUCCCUUGGUUUACGUUUUCUUCUUUUUUGUUUGUGUUCUUUUUUGAAGGCUUUUUGUCGGCUAUGGCGCUGUCAAGUAUGUUUACCACUGUAAGUAGUGGAUUUUACUCUGCCGAUAAGCUUACUUGAUAUAAAUUUAUGUCUAAAUGUAAAUAAAAGAACUGUUUACACCG